GCCUGCGUGCAAUUUAAAAAGCACGCUGUAGUCGUCUAUUUAUCCGCGCUGAUACGCGUUCUAGCAGUGGAGGCGGGUUUGUGCCGGUCUGUUUCCUCGUCGAGCACUGCGGUAGGUUUGGCAGCGUUAACUGUGCUUUCAGAAGACGAUGACCGAGCCCUGUAACGCGGCGCUCAGGAGCGGGCUGAACAACAGGUACCGCGUGUUGGAGGUCCGCCUGGUGCGGCGGGAGGGACGCGACCCUGAGAAGCACCUGGCGGUCAGCGCUUCCACAUCGCCGGGAGAUACGGAGCUGUGCGUCCUUCAGAACAGCUGGGAGUCUGUUCCAGUUGUUCCAGGAGAUAUUGUUCAUUUAGAAGGGGACUGUAGCUCUGGUACCUGGAUAAUAAAUGAGCAGUCUGGAUAUCUCAUUCUUUACCCAGAUUUGCUGCUCUCUGGCACUACGAUAUCCAGUAGCAUUCGAUGUAUGAGAAAAGCAGUGCUGAGUGAACGGUUUAGGGGCUCUGAGUGUGGUUCACGGCAAACACUCAUUGGUACAAUUCUUCAUGAAAUUUUCCAGCAAUCCGUAACAAAUAACUUGGCACCUGAAAAAGUGGAGGAACUAGCAAAUAAAAUUGUUUUUGGGCAAAAGUAUCUCAGAGAAAUGUAUCACUUGAAGCUGAAACAAACAGAGGUAAUGCAGGAGAUAGAAGAAUAUUUGCCUUCAUUUUUUAAGUGGACAGAAGAGUUCAUGCGCAAUCCAGCUAACCAAAAUCAAAUGCAACUGAAACUGCCAAGUGAAGACAAAACAGGAGAUUGCUCUUCUAAGGUAGAAAUUGUAGAUAUCUUAGACGUUGAAGAGAACAUUUGGUCUCCCAGGUUUGGAUUGAAGGGAAAGAUUGAUGUUACAGCCAGGGUGAAAAUCCAUCGUCGGUGCGGCGUACAGUCCAGGAUAAUGCCAUUAGAGCUCAAAUCUGGCAAGGAAUCAAACUCUAUAGAGCACAGGAGUCAGGUUAUCCUGUAUACGCUGUUGAAUUUAGAAAGGAGAGUGGAUCCUGAAGCUGGAUUUCUUCUUUAUCUUAAAACUGGUACUAUGUAUCCUGUUACUGGAGCUCGCAUGGAUAGAAGAGAAUUAAUAAAGCUAAGAAACCAGGUGGCCUUCUACUUAAUGCACAGUAUGUAUAAAUCUGCUGUGGGAAGACAGCAGUCACAGCUUGCUGCUUUGCCUCCUGUAAUUGAUGACAGUCAAGCCUGUAAAUACUGUUCCCAAAUACACAAUUGCUUUGUAUAUAGCAGAGCUGUAGAAGAAAGGAUGGCUGGUGUGUCUUUUCCUCCUGCUAUGAUACCCAUUAUUGAAAAAGAGACGCAGCACCUGAAACCUUCCCAUUUAGAGUACUUCAGUCUGUGGUAUCUGAUGUUAACCUUGGAGAUGCAAAGUGGAGACAGUAAAAAGGGGUAUAAAAAUAUAUGGAUGAUACCUUCUUUGGAAAGAGAAAAGGCUGGAGACUGUGUUGGAAACAUGAUCAGAAUUGGUCAAGUUCAGGAAGUUUCCGAAGGACAAUAUCUGCAUUCUUUCCAACGUAAAAAUGGUGUUGUACCUGGAGCAAACCUCUUGGUUGGUGAUAGAGUCGUUGUGAGUGGAGAAGAAAAUGGUUUGCUUGGCUUGGCUACUGGCUACGUGAGAGAAAUCAGUGCAACAACAAUCUCCUGUUUGUUGGGCAGGAAUUUAUCAAAGCUCCCUGAGAGUACCACUUUUAGGUUGGAUCAUGAAGAAGGAGACUGUGGUAUAGGAGUUCCCUUUGAAAACCUCUCUAAACUGAUGAAAGAUUCCCCGGUCAGUGAAAAGCUCCGCAACUUGAUCAUUGACUUCCACAAACCUCGUUUUAUUCAGCAUUUGAGCUCAGUCCUUCCUCCAGAAGCAAAGGAGGCUGUUGCAAGUAUUUUAAAAGGUCUGAAUAAGCCUCAGAAACAGGCAAUGAAACAAGUGCUGCUUUCAAAAGACUACACGCUUAUUGUGGGUAUGCCAGGAACAGGAAAAACAACUACAAUAUGUGCUCUGGUGAGAAUUCUCUCUGCUUGUGGCUUCAGUGUUCUUCUGACUAGUUUUACACACACUGCUGUGGACAAUAUCCUGCUGAAGCUAGCCAAAUUCAAAGUAGGCUUCUUGCGUUUGGGAAGAGCUCAGAAGGUUCAUCCAGAUAUACGGAAAUUUACAGAAGAAGAAAUUUGCAGGUCCAAAUCAAUUAAGUCUGUAAUGGAUUUGGAAGAGCUCUACAACAGUCAGCCAGUGGUAGCAACAGCCUGCAUGGGCAUAAAUCACCCCAUCUUUGUUCAGAAGCAGUUUGAUUUCUGUAUAGUUGAUGAAGCUUCCCAGAUAAGCCAGCCCAUCUGUCUGGGGCCACUGUUCUGUUCCAAACGGUUUGUGCUGGUGGGGGACCAUCAGCAGCUGCCUCCACUUGUACAGAAUUCAGAAGCAAGAGAUCUUGGUAUGAGUGAAAGUUUAUUUAAAAGGCUGGAGCAAAACCAAAAUGCUGUUGUCCAGUUGACUGUGCAAUACAGAAUGAACAGUAAAAUAAUGUCACUGAGUAACAAGCUAGUGUAUGAAGGCAAACUGGAAUGUGGAUCAGAGAAGGUGUCAAAUGCCACUGCUAAUUUGCCAAAUCUAAAAAUGCUGAAACUGGAGCUUGCAGAUGCUUCAAAAACGUGGUUGAAAGAAGUACUUGAGCCAGACAAACCUGUAUGUUUUCUGAACACUGAAAAGGUCCCAGCACCAGAACACACAGAAAAAGGUGGUGUAUGUAAUGUGACAGAAGCCAAACUAGUGUUCUUCCUCACAACUUUAUUCAUUAAGGCUGGCUGUAAGCCUUCAGACAUUGGUAUUAUAUCGCCAUACAGACAUCAGUUGAAAGUAAUCACUGAUUUGAUGGCAAGACUGAAGGAGAGCAGAGUGGAAGUCAACACUAUAGACAAAUACCAAGGAAGAGACAAAAGUAUCAUAAUUGUGUCUUUUGUUAGGAACAGUAACGAUGAAAAUCUUGGUGCCCUCCUGAAGGAUUGGAGACGACUCAAUGUUGCUAUCACAAGAGCCAAGCACAAACUCAUCAUGGUGGGCUGCGUUCCAUCACUCCGCCGCUACCCUCCUUUGGAGAAGCUGCUCUGCCAUCUGCAGUCUGAGGCAAUGAUAUCCUUUUUCAACACUGUUUUGUGAAAGGGGGAAGGUAAGACUACUUUGGAUAGGAGGUAAGAAUGGGAAGACCUUUGAUCGUUUAGAUUAUAUUUGUAAUGCUAAUUGUCAGCACGGUAUGCAUGCAUGCAUGGUCUGCGUGUGCCAGGAGCAGACUUUGAUGACAAGCUAAUAGGCAGAUCUAGGACUUCCAUUCUGUCUUGAAAAGUAGAAAUAAAACUCCAUGGUGAUUUGCAAAUCAACUUUGAUAUAGCUUUUUAUUUAAAAUUUGAUGAGUACAUUUUUAAUGCUUUUGCUUUCUGCAUUUUCUUUUUCCCGAUUGUCUUGGUUUCAGGGCAUCUUCACGUCAGUGUGAUGAUUAUUUUUGGAAGAGCCAUUUAUUUAAACACCUAUUGAGAGAAUGCUUCAGGAUUAAGGUUCCUAACUUAGAAAAUUGUUUAACCUGUGAGCUGUUCAUCUUUUUCUUCAUUCUCUCUGGCACUGUAUCAAGUCUGUUCUUGUUUCAGCUCCUUGCAUCUCCUAUUUAAAUAGGAAAGUUAGAUGUUUUCUUUACAGAUGACAUCUGUACAUACUCGUACACUUCCUGUUUGUUUUGUUUCUGAAAGCAGCACAUCCCUAAGAUGCUUACGAGCUACUUCCUUAACUUCCUACAUCUUCAAUCUUCCUGCAGGGGCUCAUGAAGGUAUCCACAAAUGUAACAUUUUAUGAUUGUGAAGACUGAGUGUUUUAGAAGAUAUUUCUUGUAUAUUUUGUUCUGGUGCUGCUGAAUGUAAAUUAUUGCUUUGUGGAAUGUGAGUGCUGACAUGCACAGUUCAGUUUUGGCUUCAUUCAGAUUGAAAUUAUUUUCAAUGAUUUUAAAUGUUUCUUUCAGUAAAAGUAACGAUACACAUUUCUUUAAUAAACUGAUUGUUGAGUUGGUCCUUUUAGAACCAGGGGACGUGUAACAAACCAGGCAUGUAAAGUAUUUGGUUCCUUCAGGUACUGUUUAGCUGUUUCUAUGCUCAUUUUUUAUUUUGGUAAACACAUUUCUGCUUAUAUGGAUGGGGGGAUAAGUUUGAGGAGGAGGCCUGGGCAGAGUUCAGUGCUGUACUGAGCCACUACUGAGUUCUCUGUGCUCAGUUUGAUUUUACACAUUAAAAUGUAGGUCACAUCCACUAAUCCCAUUUAUUAACAUUCCUAAUUAAAAUGCUGUGUUGUGUGGUUUGGGGAAAAAAGCCUCAUGGUCUUUUGAUUUUUGCUUUUAAGUACAGAACAUUUUAAUUUUUAUAUACAUAAUGUAAUGAAUCUCUCAGCUGAAGCUCUCUUGCUUAUUUCUGUAAUCCCUUGGUUUUUCCAUGCAAGUGGGGCAA